AUGCGUGGUAGCGUCAUAACGUCACGGACUGUUGUGUUUUCAGUAGCAACCGUCGCUCGGUUCAUAAAGUCGUUUUUAAAAGAUGUUCAGCGGUCUGGAUGAGACGGCGGCAGAUGUCCCGGUCAGAGACCUCCCGUCCCGGCUGGCAGAAGAUCCGUCGGCCAAUCAGAAUGCUCGUGCUCGGCAGGACGUGUCGCGGGUGUCCCGGGAGGUGCUGGAGGACCGGUUCCUCAGAGUCCACGAGGAGACGCUGGUGCUCAAGCAGCAUGUUCACAAGCAGGAGGACAAGAUCAAGAAACUGGGCACGAAGCUGAUGAGGCUGGUGAAGGACCGUGGUCGUAUGGAGCAGCUGGCCCUGGGAGGAGGAGGAGGAGGAGGAGGCCCGGUGGUCCUCCGGCAGCGUGACGUGGAGAUGGAGGAGCUGAUGGAGGAGCUGCAGGAGAAGGUCCGCAGCCUGCAAGCCGAGAAGGAGGGCGUGAAGCGGCGCCUCCUGGUGGCCAAGCAGCAGCAGGUCAACUCCCACAGCAGGAGGCCGGCGCCCUACGGCCGCGUCCCGUCACGGGUCAACUCGGGGUUAAAGAGCUACUCCCCGCUUCCUCAGGCGCCCCCCAAGAGUAGGUCCUGGGUCCUGGGUCCAGAUCACGUGUCGGAACCUGAACUGGUUUUGUCUCCUGCAGGUUCAGAGGGAGGAAGAAGACCCCCUACGGGCCUCCUGCCUCGGUUCGGACACAGCCUCCUGGAGGAGGCCCGGGCCGAGGUCCGCAACCUAGAGAAAGUGCUGGAGCUCCAGAGGAGCCACUUGGAGGAGGUGCAGGCCGCGGCGGAGGAGCUGAGUGAGGAGCUGAGGAGGAAGGAGAACCAGCACCAGGAGAGACUCCUGCAGGUCCGAGAGCAGCAGACCUCCAGACUCAGGACGCACGUCAGCAGCAACGUGGAGAUGAUCCGCCUGCAGAAGCAGAUGUUCCAGAGGACGGAGAGGACGGCGGAGCUGGAGGGGCGCUUCCUGGGCCUGCAGGAGAGCCAGAGGGCGCUGAAGGUGGCUCACGAGGCAGCGAUGCUGAAGGUGGACCAGCUGUCGGCUCAGCUGAAGGAGGAGAGGCUGAGGAGUCUGGACCAGGAGGAGCGUCUGCAGAGCGCCUCCAUCUCCAGGCUGAAGGUGGAGCAGCUGCAGGAGAGGAUCAGCGAGGUGGAGCAGGAGAGAGACCUGCUGAAGGACGACAAUGACAGACUGGUCCACAGAGCCUUCGACGGGUCCCAGGAGCAGAGGGCUCAGAUCCAGGAGCAGAAGCUGAAGCUGCAGAUCGCUCAGCUGGAGGCGGCACUGAAGGCCGACCUGGUGGACAAGAACGAGAUCCUGGACAAGAUCAAAGCGGAGCGAGACGCCAACGAGAAGCUGGCGGAGGAAAACAGGAAACUUCAUCUACAGACUGUGGAGCAGAAGCAGCAGCUGGAGGAGCUCCAGGGCCGCCUGAAGUCCUGCAGCAGAGAGGAGCUCCACGAAGCCGAGCUCACCGAGGCUCUGCUGCUCAUUAAGAAGCGUCAGUCCCAGAGGAGUGGAGAUCUGUGCUUCCUGCAGGAGGUUGAGGAGGGAGGAGGAGGAAGAGGCGGGUCAGAGCUCCAAGCUGCUCACGCUGAGACCAUCCAGGAGCUGCAGAAGACCAGGAACCUGCUCAGCAUGGAGGCCAGGAUCAGCAGAGACUACCAGGCGGAGCUUCAGGCGGUGCUGAAGAAGAUGGAGGCCGACAAAGUGACGUGGGAGCAGCAGCUGGAGCGACAGGCGACGCUGCUGGACUCCAGAGCCGCCAAGGUCCAGAGACUGGAGGCUCAGCUCCGAGACCUGGCCUACGGCACCAAACCCUCUCGGUCCCACCCCGCGGUGAGCGAUGAAGACGAGUGUCCGGAGGAAGGUGUUGUCCUGGGCGCGGAGGAGAACCUGGUGGAGCUGCAGGUGGUGGGGGCCACGCUGUCCCCGUGCGCCCUGCAGGCCCUGGGGGGCGGCGAGCCCUCCACCUUCUGCACCUACGCCUUCUACCUGUUCGAGCCGCACGCCACGCCGGUGGCCACGGGCCGCACGCCGGCCUACGGCUUCACGUCCCGCUACGUGGUGGCGGAGGACCGCCGGCUGCUGGACUUCCUGCGCUCCGGCGCCGUCACCGUGGAGAUGCACGAGGCCCGCGGGCUGGACUGGAGGACGCUGGCCAGAGGGCGGCUCCGGCUGCAGCCGCUGCUGCACGACGGCAGGGUGAGCGGCACCGUGCCGCUGGUCGGCGUCUCCGAGGACACUCGCUCCUUCGGCUCGGUGGACUACUGGCUGAGGCUGAAGCUCCCGCUGAAGGAGACGCUCCAUCUGAACCAGCACCGGGUACCACCAGCCCGCGGGUUUGAUUCCGCGCUCCUCCUCCCGCAGCCUCCGUCCGGCUGGAACCAGCUCUCCAUCACCGUCCACCUCUGCAGAGACCUGAAGAAGUCCGCCGGCUCCGGGCCGCCGAGCCCGUACGUGGUCUACAAGUUCUACGACUUCCCCGACUACCCGACCGCCACCGUCCCGGACUGCUGCGACCCGGCGCUGGACGACCUCCGGUCCUACUCCGUCCGCCCGGACGCGGACCUGGACCGCUACCUGAGGGCCGAGGCCCUGCGGCUCUACGUGUUCGACGAAAAGGAGCAGCAGAUGGACUCGUACCUGGGGAAGACCCGAGUGCCCCUGCUGCCGCUGACCAGGGACCAGAGGAUCACCGGAGCGUUCCAGCUGACCGACCCCUCGGGACUCGCCGCCGGCCUCAUCGAAGUGACGCUGCAGUGGAGGUCCACCUACGCCCCUCCGCCGGCCGCCAUCGUGGCCGCCGAGGAGGCGCAGAGGGAGGAGGAGGAGGAGGAGGAGGAAGAGGCACUGCAGGAGGAAGACAAACCCCCCGAGGCCAGCGGGUCAAAGGUCGGCGGACCGGGCGAAACUCGUCGCGCUCUCGACCGUCGAAGAGCUGCCGAGCUGCCGGAACUCAGACCGAGGACUCGACCGGGGGACCAGGCCGCCAAAAAGGUCUCGUUCAUGGACCCGACAGCGCCGGGGGACCAGGAGGACCAGGAGGACCAGGAGGACCAGGAGGACCAGGAGGACCAGGAGGACCAGGAGGACCAGGAGGACCAGGGGGACCAGGGGGACCAGGAGGACCAGGAGGACCAGGUUUCUGCUCCUCAGGUGGAGGACGACGAGUCUGCAGGCCAGAGAGAGACUUCAGCUCCUGUUGUGAAGGGCGCUGCAGAGGAGGAGGAGGAGGAGGAGGAGGAGUCUCACUUCUCUGAAGGGCAGCUGGUCCCGGUCGGCUCUCAGUCUCAUUCUGACGACUCCGAGGUCUCUGAGGACAUCAUGGAAGAUCCAGAUGUGGAGGCCUCUCAGUCCGACAGCGACGACUGCAUCGUUCAGGAGCGCCCGGCGGGGAGGAAACCCUCCCAGUGCGUCCGGGUGGAGGUGGUGUCUCUGAGCCUGCGGCCGGGCUCCCGCGUGUCGCUGGACGGCAGCGUGCAGCGUCUGUUCGUGGAGUACCAGCUGCUGGACCUCCCCACGGAGGAGACGCCGCUGGCCCUGCCCAAGCCGGCCGGGGGCCACAGGGCCACCUACAACCACAGCAAAGUGGUUCCUGUGGACCUGGAGAACCACGGGCCGAGGAGGCAGCUGCUGAGACGAGUCCUGCAGGGCCGGAACCCCCCCAUGGAGAGGUGGGCGGGACUUAGACAGGAAGACAGAAUCCGGUUCACGGUGGUGAGCGAGCCUCCGGAGGCGGAGGAGCAGGAGAGGGAGUGUGAGGAUGUGGGCGUGGCUUAUAUCAGGAUCCCCGAGAUCCUGGAGAGACGACAAGACCUGACUGAGACCAGCCUGGAGGUGGUGGACGUGGAGGACAGCCGUCAGGUGGUCGGCAGUCUGAUUGUGUCUGUGGAGGGACUGGAGGCUAUGCAGGCCAUCAUGGAGGAGCAGGACCAGGAGCAGGACCAGGACCAGGACCAGGAGCAGCACCGGGACCAGGAGAGAACCCUGGUCUCCUCUCUGCUUCCAUCAGCAUGAGGGAACCACAGAACACAGAACAGAAGAGUUCAGCAGGUAGUCCAACAGGUCUCACCUGAAGACCUUCAGUGAACGAUGAUGAAGAUCUCCAGAGGAUCUAUUUUUAAAUGUUAAACCUUGCACUCUGCAGGUAUUUAAUAUGUAUUUAAUAUGUAUUUAAUGUGUAUUUAAUAUGUAUUUAAUAUAUAUUUAAUGUGUAUUUAAUAUGUGUUUAAGACGUAUUUAAUAUGUAUUUAACAUGUAUUUAAUAUGUAUUUAACAUGUAUUUAAGACGUAUUUAAUACGU